CCCGACCCUGGCUCCACCACCCGGGAACUGCAGCAGCUGCCCCGGGCUCCGCCCCGAGAAUCGGAGCUGCCCGGUGUGCCCCGGCUCCUCCUCCGAGUCCUGCACGCGGGGCUGGUCCUGUCGGUCCGCCUUAGGCCUUGGCCUAAGCCAGCCCGCCAUGGAGGGGGAUGUCCCCGCCGCUGCAGCCGCCCGCUACCAGCCGGCCAGCCCCCCGCGGGACGCCUGUGUCUACAACAGCUGCUACUGUGAAGAAAAUAUUUGGAAGCUCUGUGAGUACAUCAAAAACCAUGACCAGUAUCCUUUAGAAGAGUGCUACGCUGUCUUCAUAUCUAACGAGAGGAAGAUGAUACCUAUCUGGAAACAACAAGCAAGACCUGGAGAUGGACCUGUGAUCUGGGAUUACCAUGUUGUCCUGCUUCAUGUUUCAAGUGGAGGACAGAGCUUCAUUUAUGAUCUGGACACAGUCUUGCCAUUUCCCUGUCCUUUUGACACUUAUGUGGAAGAUGCAUUUAAGUCUGAUGAGGACAUCCAUCCACAGUUUAGAAGGAAAUUUCGAGUGAUCCGUGCAGAUUCAUAUUUGAAGAACUUUGCUUCUGACCGAUCUCACAUGAAAGAUUCCAGCGGGAACUGGAGAGAACCCCCCCCAUCAUACCCGUGCAUUGAAACUGGAGAUUCCAAAAUGAACCUGAAUGAUUUUAUCAGUAUGGAUCCUGAGGUGGGAUGGGGAGCUGUCUACUCCCUGUCGGAAUUUGUACAUCGGUUUGGCAGUCAGAACUACUGAACUACAUCUGGAUGUAGAACCAUGGAGAAAUUCUAGGAUGUGAACAGUCUAUCUCUUCAUUUGGGACAGCAAACACUAUGGUACAUUUGGCUUGGAAUUAUAUUUUCUUCUUUUAAUUCAGUUGAGUUGAAACAUGAGUAAUCGAAAAAAAUUAAUAAAAAUAAUUUUUUUGAGGGGUGCCUGGGUGGCUCAGUUGGUUAAACUUCCAACUUUGGCUCAG